AUGCCCGAGAAAAUUUGCAUCUUGCGUACAAAAUAUAAUCGGUUGAUUCCCGAUCUCUGUACCCUGGUUGGCUUGGAACACAACAAGAAAUACACUUACCACUAUCUGUCACAGAUUGUACCAAUUGGUAAGGGGGAAGAUGUAUCAAAAACUAAUGAAGAGCUUUGGAAGGAUGCUGAUAUGCUUACCCAAACACGUUAUGCCUACCUGCGGCGCGAGUGCCUCCGAAUCUAUCACCCAGCCAAAGUCACCUCAACAAUCUGUUCUUUCUCACUGUCUUUCUCAUAUGAUCGUGAGCAGUUUGAUUGUGGAACUGUCAUGUAUGAUGAUAUCCCAACUGCCAAACGAUCAUUUGAUUUGCCCUCUGAUGAGGUGGUUGAGGCUGAAAUUCCUUCUUUAAACUCACGCAAGUCUACGAAGAAGAGACAAGGCUACUACACCCUCAACCAAGGAGCAUCCAAAUCAGAGAGAAACAUCUGGUUAGAUGUUGAACACAAUUCACUUCUUCUCCUGCAGGCCAAAGAAUUUUGGGCAGAAAGAUUCUCAAUUCUCUCUAUGUCAGCUUUUUCCGCCAAUUCCCAAAUUGCAGCAGAGGCAUGUGUACCCUCUUUCAACUCUCCUGCCUGGGAAACAUCUUCUAAUACCAAGGUAUGGGCCUCCAGUGUUGCCACUAUGCGUGACGAUUUAACUAAUAAACCCCACGAUGAUAAGGACACCAUACCAUACGCUGUUGGAAUGUUUGCCACAGUCAACAGAGAAACUGGAAAGCUGCAUGAUUUGAUUGAGGAGCCGUGUGAUUGCAACAUUGAAGGAUCUAUCUUCUCUUUAUCAGACUAUGCAGUUGGGAUCAAUCUUGAUCACUGUAAUGGUUUCAUUGAAAUGCUAUGGAACAUUCAAGUUAAACACUAUACCCUCAAGUCAACUACCAAGAGUAAAUCAACAGGAAAAGAAAUCAUUCCAUCUAAAUCAGUCUUGACCCAGUUGGCCAAUUUGGGCAAGGCCUUCAAGCUGAAGAAGGACAAGAUGUCAAGAAAAGAGUGGGAAGCAUAUAUCAAAGGCCAUGUAAAAGGGUAUGAUCAGCAGGUAUACGUCAAACUGACAAGCUCUCAAAAUGAAAGAUGCUUAAGAGUUUAUUUAGUUUUGUAA